AUGGGUAAACUAAACAAAAAAAUUACCCGAACGCUAUCGAGCAGGUUUACCGUCAACAAAUUCAAAUGUGUACCCAUUGAGAAGGAGGAAAUUACCACCGUCAAUAAACUAGUACCAAAAGUCACCGACACAAAAGUUGCCAGCAUUGCAGAAAAUCCACCAGUGAUUAACAGCAAACCAGAAAAUGGCGAAAAUAAACUGCAUCAAGCGAAGAAAGACAAAUCUAAGAAGCCCAAAAAGAAAGGCCAAAACAGCAAGUUUUAUAUGAAAUGCGCCAAAGCACGGGAGGAGAAGGGAAUGAUCAUUCUGCCGGCAAAGAUUGAAACAAAAAUUUACAAACUGAAGAAGGCACUUCAAAAGAAGGGGCUUCCAGGUGAGGAGAUCAAAGACAUCAUUCGGAAGAAACGCCGUGAAGAGGAGCUGAAAAUGCGGAAAGACUUAAAGCACCUUUGCUUCAAGUGUCGCCAGCCAGGCCAUGAACUGGCAAACUGUCCUCAGGCUGGAAGCGAGGAUGCCGCAGACAUUUGCUACUUCUGCGGAUCCUCUGAACAUCGUCUUCACGAGUGCGUCAAGUACAAGUCCGCCGGCAAAAAGGACACAAAUCUACCCUAUGCCAAGUGUUUUAUUUGCAAGAAGAAGGGACAUCUGACAAAGUCAUGCUCUCAGAAUGAAAAUGGCGUCUUUCCCAAGGGUGGAAAGUGUAUUUUGUGUGGUGCAGUGGAUCAUAUGGUCAAGGACUGUAGUCAGAAUGAGAAUAAGGAAAAGCCCGAAGAAGAGAUUAUUUUGAAGACAUAUGGCGAUGUUACUCAAAGCAUUGAUGCGGAUGAUUUCACGUUUACCUUGCCAGAAAAGGCCAAGAGUACUAAUAAGAACUUGAAGACCGUCAAAUUCUAA